AUGGUUAAACGCCCUCUCUUGCAUCUGUUGAUCAACAAACAACAACAACAUGCCUUUCACUCCAUCAUCACCUCCUCCGCAACACGACGAAAUUCACACCAAUCCUUUCAUAUUGUUGCAACCCAUCUCGAUGAUGCAAACCACACUGUGAAAAACAUUCUCGAUAUUGCACGAUGGGCUCCAUCCGGAGACAAUAUGCAAACAUGGAAAUUUGAAAUUAAAAGUGAAAAGGAAUUUAUAGUACACGCUAAUGACACUCGAGACCACUGUGUCUAUGAUUUGGAUGGUCAUGGCUCUCAUAUGGGAUUAGGAGCAUUAUUGGAAUGCAUAGACAUUGCUUCGAAGGAGUUUUCCAUGAGAGCUCAUUUUCAUGCAGCAUCUCAAGAAGAUGAAAUGAAAAUUAGAGUGUCAUUAAGUCCAAUGUUCAACAGUUCUGAAGAAAAAGAUCCUCUCUUCCAAUAUCUCAAAGAAAGAUGUGUCCAUCGAAGAAUGUUCAAAACAACCCCUUUGACUGGUCAUGAAAAACAAAAAUUGGAAGAAAGUGUGGCCAAGUUGGGCUUCAAAGUAUUGUGGUUUGAAUCGUUCUCGGAAAGGUUAGAAAUGGCCAAAUUAAUGUUCAUGAAUGGUCAAUUGAGAUUAACAUGUGAAGAAGGUUUUCCAACUCAUAGUUCAAUUAUUGAAUGGAAUUCACAAUUUAGUUCGGAUAAAAUUCCAGACAUGGCCGUCGGAUUAGACCCCAUCUCAACCAAGUUGAUGAAAUGGGCUCUCCAGAGCUGGUCUCGUGUUAAUUUCUUGAACAAAUAUUUGGGAGGUUCUCUACUUCCAGGUUUUCAAUUGGAUUUUCUUCCAGGAAUUGCUUGUGGAGCUCACUUUGUGUUCAUUUCUCAACGUCCUCAUUCUCCUGUUUCAACACAAGACUAUAUUCAAGUCGGAAGAGCUCUUCAACGUUUCUGGUUAACUGCAACACAAUUGGAUUUGAGAUUACAGCCAGAGACAACUCCAAUCAUUUUCUCAAAUUACGUUCGUCAUAGAAUCAAAUUUUCAAAAUCAGAAGAAAGUUUGAGAAAGGCAAAAAACAUUGAAAGGAUGCUUCGUGAUAUUGUGAAUGGUCAUCCAGAGGCUAAACAUCUUUCACUUGAUGGUACCCCUCUACAUGAGCAGAUUGCAUUCGCAGGAAGAGUGGGACAUGCAGAAAAGCCCAAAGCUCGAUCCCUCCGUAAAUCAUUAGAUGAAUUACUCAUUAAGAAAUAA